CUAGUCGAGUGCUCGGAAUUGUAUGAAACAUCUUGUUUGUUUCCGCGCGCCCGCGCGCGCAGUAUGACGUCACGGGACGCUCCAGGCCAGGAAGUAGCUGUAGGGGGUAGGCAUGUGCCGCGACUGUGUGAAGACGGAGUACCCUUCUCGGGUAAGGGGUAAUAUCUGCUUGGAGAAUGGUUCCUAUUUGAUGAACUAUGCAGGUUGCGUUGAAUGCAAGAAGAAAGAUUUUGUGAUGAUAACAAACAGAGCAACAGACGAAGAAGAUGGAGAGGAAAUUAUUACUUACGACCAUGUGUGUAAGAACUGUCACCAUGUAAUAGCCAGGCAUGAGUAUACAUUCAGUGUAGUGGAUGAUUACCAGGAAUACACUAUGCUUUGCAUGCUGUGUGGGAGAGCAGAAGAUUCCAUCAGCGUCUUGCCAGACGACCCUCAUCUGAUGAACCCUUUGUUCUGAAAGCAUUUUAGUUUCUUUUAAACAGUUAUAUCAUACAGAUUUGUACCUAGUGGCACCAAAUCAUGAAAUAAGCCAUUGAAAUAUAUUGCCCAUGUACAAUGGGAGGGAGCAACCUGUGUUUCUCCAUGUAUUGUUGGGCUACAAAUCCUAUGAUCUUCACCAUUGGUUAAGCUCACUAGGGCAGCGGGAGUUACUGUCUAGUAGUUGA